AAUAAAGGUGUCAGUUUUUGUGCCAGUUAAAAGGGUAAAAUCUAUUCCUAUAUUGUUCUCUUGUCGACUUUUCCUUUACAGGAGAUACGUAGUGGAGAACUCGACUUAUCUACUUAUGAGCCGCCUUGUUCUUGCGUUUGAUCAGCACUAUUCAGAUAUUUUUUUUCCCGUGGAUAAGUGGAGCAAAUGUGCAGCAAAACAAUCCGCCAUCAUGAUCAUGGAUCAGAGGGCAUUCCAGCUGUGUUGUAAUGUGCCUCAUGAAGACACCUUAUAAAGUCCCGCAUUUUUAUUUCACUUUUUUCAAAGUUUUGUGUUUCAUUUGCAAUCGGCCUUCAUUUGAGAAAGCACGCCCACACACUGUGUUAUCCUUGCUCUUCAUCUGAACAAUACGGGGCACAUUUGGUUAAUUAAAGAAACUCAAUUUAAAAUGGUAAGACUCACAAUUUAUAUAUAUAUUUAUAAAUGAACAGUAAUUAAUUUAGCUCCUUAUUGUGUGCUUAUAACAAUAUUAUCCAAUGCACCAUAUGGUUUAUUUAAUUUUAUCCAAAUUAUUGUACUUUGGCUCUUUGCCUUUUAAUAUAUUUUCAUUGAAUCCUUACAUCUUUUAAAUUCUAUAAUGACUUAUCCAAUGGAGCCAAGGUCGGCAUAGAAAACAGCACGAACUUAAAGGGAUAAAAAUCUACGUUGCAUCCUAAUUAUCUUGCACACUUGUGGCGUCGAAUGAAGAUUGAUGUUCCUGACGCAAGGUCAUUUCCAAAGAGCAAUCGUAAAUGGGAUAACACAAUUAAAAGUAUACUUUUGCCUUUUUUAACGUUUUUAUGGAUUGUUUUCUCUGUGGGCAGAACUAGCGGAGGAUGGGAGAUGAGCUUUUACACGUGGAAGAGAAAGCCAAGAGGAAGGCAGAAAAGAGGAGGGCCAAGAAAAAGCGACAAAAGGAGCGUAAGAGAAUCGAGCAGGCCGAGAGUGGGCUCGCGGGAACGCUGUUGACAUUGGGUAUUCAGGACUCCUCUUCGGAUGACGAUGAAGGGGAGGAGGGAGAGGAUGCAGAGGAAGAUGAAGAGGAAGAGGAGGAGGAGGUGGAAAGAAACUUGGAGGCUCUUAACGGUCUGAACAGGAACUGUGACACAAAUUUUGGCGGACAGACAAAUGGAGACGACUUCAGCAGACGGAGACACUCGGCCGACAGGAAAUCAAAAACCAAAAAGUCAAGAGGAAAAAGCACAGCGGAGCUGGGAGAGCAGGAUGCAGAGUGGGACGUCAACAGUGCUUUUUUUGCUGUGGCGGCGAGCCACGUGAAGGCAUUACAAAAACCCAGCAAAGCUGACAAGAAGAGGAGGAGCGAGGCAUCCAUGAUGGAGGGAGAAGACCCCGACUCCGAUUCGUUAAAAAGCAGAGAAUACCUGUUGCUUGGGAACGACAGAGCGCAGAAUGGGCAGUACAGCGAAGCCGUGAAGUGCUUCUCGAAAGCGAUAUCGAUAGACCCGUACGACUACCGGCCGUUUGGGAACCGCUCGUACUGUUAUGACAUGCUGCGUCAGUUCCCCAAGGCUCUGAAGGAUGCUGAUGUGGCUCUCGACCUCUUCCCAGGCUGGGCCAAGGGACACUUUCGCCGUGGACGUGCCUUGCUCGGACUUGAGAAAUACAAACAGGCUGAAGAAGCCUUCAAGAGAGUCCUCGACUUGGAUAAAGACUGUGAGGAAGCUGUAGAGGCUUUAUUUUCAAUCAAAGUUGAGAGGCUGAUGGACCACGGCUUCACACGCGAGGACUCUGAAAAGGCUCUGAAUCAGGAGGAAUCUUUUGAAGCAGCUCACAACUUUCUUGUGAACAGCACUGACUACCUGGAGACAAUGGACAUCUCAAAUGGGAGUGAUUCGGAUAUUUUUCACAAUAAUCACAUGGGACAGACAUCCAGGAUGGAAGCGAACUCUCUGUGGAUCGGGAACGUCACGAGCAAUGUCACAGAGAAGGCCAUCAUGGAUCUCUUUAAAAGGUACGGCACAAUCCGGAGCGUGCGUGUCAUGCACGAGCGCUACUGCGCCUUCGUCAACUACACGAACGGCGAGGCGGCAGCCAAGGCCAUGUCCGCGCUGCAGGGCUGUGAGGUGGCCAACACUAAGCUUCUCAUCAAAUACCCGGACCACCACCCCAGCAACACACCGAAGGCAGAGAGCAAGACGUCUAACAUUCCACUGUCGGGAGACAAGAAGCGUGGACCAAUCAAUGGCAAUGAGUGUUAUUUCUGGAGAACGACCGGAUGCACCUUUGAAGACCGUUGCCGGUUUCGCCACGUCCCUGAGAACCGAUCCGUUGACCUCAAACCGUGGCAGCGCUUCAAAUAGGUCUCGUCUCUUUCUCUCACGUCCUCGUUCUAACAGCAAUGUAAAAUGAGGGCCAUCCUAGAAAAAAAAUGUAAUCCUCACACAUAUAUAUGUAUAUUUAACACGUAGGUUAUCACAGCCAAUAUUACGAUUCAUAAUACAUUUUUGGGUUAGGCCACAUAAUAAUCGGACCAUUCACCAACAACCGACACAGCCAGAUAAAUCUAUGAUUGCUUCUGUGCAACGUACCAUUUUUGUAUUGGUUGAGCUCACCAGUAAAGGUUGAAGAGCAAUUUGCAACCAUAUUUCGCAAUUAGAUACAAUUACGAAAUUUACUUGUGAGAUGUGUUCUCUAACUUGUGAGCUGUCCAGUGGUGGAAGGUCUUAACAGUCGGAUCAUUACGUGGCCUAACUCUAAAUUCUAUCAUAAAUAAAUAAAAGUAUAUAUUUGUUUUAUGUAAAAUUGCUGCUAAUUUCUUUGGAUCACUUUACAAGACACUUUUCAUAGCUUAUAUUGUACCUCCUCCCCGCAGAUGGCGGCAUGAUCAACGUUAAUUCAUUUUUCUUAUUGUGGUUAUCCCACUGCCCUAUGAACCUGGCGACCCGAGUUCGAUUCUCACGGGGCCCACAGUUACAUCAAUGGCAAGUGAUGUCUGAACCAGUCUUGGAUACACCCCUUCACCAAUCUGCACUGAUCAGCAUGAUGAAGUAUGGUCAAACAAUAUGCUAGCUGACACGGUGUGAGGAGGCCUUCAUCCAGCAGCAGAUAGACUAGAGGCUGUAAAUAAUAUCCACUGUCAACUGAACCUUACCUUCUAGACAAUACAUUUUUGUGAGAUUUCAAGUUUUAUUCCAGAACGCCCCUCAUAUGAACCAGUGUAUAGUGCAACAUUUAAAAAGCAAAAGCGAUUAAGUGUUUUGAAGCAACGGGUGAACUGUGCAUAUACAUUGUCAAGUGUUGCAGCAAAGCUCGCAAACAACAAAUACAUUUAAAAAUGAGAAUUGUUUUUACUCAACGACAGAUCUUGAGCAUUUCUUAUAUCACACGAGUAAAAGCUACUGUUGUUUUGAUACAGUUGUCUUUGUGUGAGGGACUGAAAGGUUUUUCUUUUACAGUGUGGAAAACUGCCUUAAAACCUCAUUGAGUUCAUGUUCUCAUGUUCGCACUGGGGAAUUUGUACAGGACAUGAUGGGUCAGUGAUCAGCGGCUGGUAUUGUCACUGAAAAAGCCUCCACAUUUGUCGUUGGUUGGUGUUUGCUGUGUCAACAAAAACAAAAUGCCAGCAGUAGAUAUUCAGGUGUUGGAUCGUUGAUAAGUGUUUUUGUUUGCAUCGGUUUUUACCUGCAUUGCACUUUUAAAACAGCUGUAAUAAUCUUAAUGUUGUCCUCUUGUUUUAAAAUGGCUUCAAUUGCAAGGGGCACCAGAUUGUUGUUGACUUCUUCGGCACUGUAUGUUAUGUUAACGGUGAGAAUGAUUGCAGGUCAAUGAAAAUCUGAGACCUUAAUUACUUGGCUUGAAAUAAUUAUUCAGUACCUGGCACUCACCUCAUUCUGUAGUUUGCGUGCAACUAUUUAAAAUAAUUUCUUGUAAUCAUGUCCACUGAUAAUCCUCAGCCGCUUUUGGUUUUUCCAAUAUUCGUGUCUAGCACCAUUUUCUCCCGUUUGUUUUCUUGAAGUUUAACGGUGGGAAAUGCAUCCUCAAAAACACUAUUGAGUUGCGCUAAUUAUGCUAAUUCAAUCCAGGAUAAAUAAUUAUGGCACAGGCUCCCAGAACAUGAACUCUUGACAUGCAUUUUUUCGAGGGCGAAAGCACAGAUCUCACGAUAGAUGCAAUAAUACAGCCAAUGAAGAACGAAACUGAAUUUUAAUUCACGCCAAAAAAUAUUUAGUUUUUUUAUUCUGUCGGUCUGUUGGCUUUCCAGACAUAAAUUAUACAGCAAAAUUUAAAUAAGCAAAUGCAAGACCUGUUUGGACCUUCUGGGUUUCAUCAGCAGAGUCAAGCUUGCAAAAUACUGGUGAACAAUCUUCUAAGUCUGGAAGCAAUAGGCCAACAGACGAAAAAUAUUUAGUUUUCGUGUAGAAAUUGAUAACGACUUUCCCCCAAAUUCCCCACAACGGAUCAAGGAGUAUUAUACAACAACCGCCAUUCGCCACCAAGUGGUGGUGACGUCACCACGACGCUUGUGCCAGGCCAUAUACACACGCAGGUACUACUGUGGCCCAAAAUGUAAGUUCAUCAUGUGCAUAUGUUCUUUUUGUUACAAUGAAGAAACAUCAGUGUGUAAAUUUUGUCCUGAAGUAAUCAAUUAAAAUUACAAGAGGAUUUUAAGCCUUAGCAAUGACAACAUAGUGGGCAUCAAAUGCAUACCCACUUGACAUAAUGCUCGGUUUGAUGUCCUCGCAAACAUUGGUUACAUUUUGUAUGCAUCCCUCACCAAUUGCGCUGGCAUAAAUGUGUGGGAUAAUAUCUGAUGCUGAAGGUAUCCAUGAGUUAUUGAAUGCAAAUGCAUUCUGCAUUUUAUUGUGAUUUGAAGAAGUACACAAACGUUAUUUUAGCCAUCGGUGGAAAGCCAUUAUUCCGAUUGCUAACAAGUCCGGUGUACCGUAUUUUGUCUGCUCCGUUGUGUUCGCCCAACCAUAAACAGUACAUAUGCAGUUGCAGGAAUUAACUUAAAAGCAGGUUUGAGCUUCAGUGUUCUCUAGCAAGCGGAGUUGUGUAUUUCUCGAAGGUGACAUCGUAUGAGCUUAAGGGAAAAAAAAGAUAUAUAAAAUUUCCAUUGGUAUUGUAUUGUAAAUAUCCACAGUGUACAGUGUCCCAAAUAUAUUAACGCAUUAAGUUGUCAUGAUGCGUGCACAUUUGGAUUCAUUGGGCCACCCAACCUUUUGAAAACAACCCGGACUCUUGAAACUAUUCAUCUCCAUUUUCUUUUUUUUUACUCACAUACGGUAAGAGGAGAGUGGGAAGACACAUUUGCACGGCAGGUUUAAGUGAAGCCAUGUGCACAAGUUCCAGUUUUGAAGUCACAUUUUCCACGCUGAUCGGCCAGGUGCAUGCGUUUGUCACGACCGACGGCGUUAAGAGUGGUGCGGAGUCGGAACGCGUUGUGGGGAAUAAAGUGUAACAAAAAUUCCGAUAUUUAAGAGCGCAAGCAAUGCACUUGUGUGUGACGAUGUGCGCGUGUGUGCUAAAAAUUGGAAUUACUUGAAACCAGAGUGCCUUAUGUGUGAGUGUAGCACGAGAGACCAAAUUUGUAAGGUUGAAACAAUCAAGGGAUUUGUGUUUGUAAGUAGCAUUCAUGAAAUGGGCAAGUAUAUAAUAGGAAUGUUGCAAUCGUCCUAGCAUUAGUUUUGUAACUUUAUUUGUUAUGUAACUAUUUUUCUUAGUGUUUCCUCGAUUAUUUUAAAUUAUAACAAAGGUAUAUAAAGCAAGAUUUAUAAUAUACUAUACGUGUUCGACUAAACAUUGACGUGUUUCCUUUUGUGCUUAAAAAUACUCGAGAUGGGUCAUUCCUUAGCACACUCACUGGUAGAAAUAAUGUUGUAUCGGCAUGGCAGCAGCCACAUUCCGUGAGCCACCUCUCAUCCCCUGAAGCAUUCCCCGCUUGCCAUUGGCUUGACGGUCAGUGCGAGAAACAGCACGUCCUGCACGUGGUCGCAAAUUUGGGAAGGCCGUUGCCAGUCCCACUGGUUUCUACCAUAUGCGCUGCUGUACAGAAUGUUUUUUGUCUUAAUUUGUUUUCUUCCUUUGUGUAAUACGCAAUGUAUUAUUUUUUUUGUAUCCACAUGUGUGCUUAAUAAGGAAUGUUGCGUCACAAUCCGAAUAUCUAGUCCUUGUUAAAUAGCAAGUUGUUGAUACUGUAUGUUGUACUGGCUAGUGCAAGCUAUGAGCUGUAUUAAAACCAGGUGUUGCGAACGUUAGUUUUGUUUACAAAUACGCCGAUGUUUUAAAUCAUAAACCACUAAUUGCAUUUGCCGUUGUGAAAUGUGCAUCACAGCAGUGUCCCACAACCCCGAUUAGAAACGAGUGCGGUUCUCAAACAGUUUUGAGUUAAAAAACAUGUUUUAUUUUUUAUCAAGGUAUAAGAAUUCGACGUUUUAUAGAAAGGAAGACUAUUUUGAUUUAGUUUGGUAAUACAUCUUAAUGCAGGUUUUGAUACAUUUGGAACAUUGAGAUUAGUAUAUUAAAAUGUAUUUUUCAGGACUGUCAAGCCACAUGCAUUGCAUUUGUUACACGCAUUUCAGCCCUUUUGCACGCUCGUACGAUAAUGCACCAACACCAUGUGCAGUAUGCCCAGCCCCUUAGGCCAGGGGUUAAGGAAUCUGCUGUCCAUGGGCCAGAUAUGACCCACAACUUCAUUUUAAUAGGCUCAUGGCCCCUUAAGCCCUUUCACUUAAUAAUGGCCCGCAAAUAUUAUUUAUAAAUCACUGCAAGCAUAGGUACAUUUCUGACCCGCCCCUACUGGACAUUGUAAACAACUAUAAAGAGCUUCAUAUCUCAUCGGAUUUCUCCAGGAUAAAUAAUCUUAAUCGGGUACUAGAGGGUUGUAUUUUCGACCUGUGAACAACAGUUUCACAUUUUUGCUUGGUCAUUCACCUGUGUCACUGCAGGACCUAUUCCAUUGACAACAUUUACCUAGGUGUGUUCAUGUGUUGUCUAUCACAGGUAUUUUUUAUAUUCCUCGUCGGCCCCUCCGUAAGGAAACUAUUCCAAACCCGUGGUUUAGGGUGACAUGCAAAUGCACACAAACUCCGAGCAAAACGCGCCUCGCAUAGAAAACCAGGCCAAAAGCGUACACCAGCAACCUCUAACCAGACCACCAGUUUAGACAUUAAAUUUACCAAUGUCACCUCAAAAUAAUCACGAUCUCUAACUCUGCAAACUUGACAGUCCUGUAGGGUUUUCCCCAAACACUGUACUUUUAGCAUUUUUUUCUUCAAAGUAUUUAAAUCACUAAAGCUCCUGCAUGUUGCAGAUAUAGUUCUAUUAUGUAUGGUCUGUUGCAAAGAUCCGUUUCAUGUUGUGUGCUAUGGUACAGUUUUGUUGAGAAUACGCCAUCUACCGUGAUUUAUGUCUGACAAGUGCUUUGUUUCUCCAUCCACUUGAAAUAAACAACAUCCGAUGUUUUCCCUUU